GUAUUUUCACCGCGUAUUACCUGCCUGUUUUUGCUGAACAAACUCAAACAAAAAAAAAUAUCACACAAAAUUUAAACCUCUGUUUUUUUUCAAAUUACGUUGUUUAAUGUUUAUCUCUGUUUUAACUUUUAAUCCCUCUUUUCGCGGGAACUCUAUAUUCCUUACCCUUCUCUCACUUUCCUUCUUCACUAGUAGAAUUUUAGGUAUCAAAUUCCAAAAAAAAAAAAUAUCUCUGUUUUUAAUUUAUAAUAUUUAAAAAAAUAUUGAAAAACAAAGAAUGCCCAUAUGCUGAAGUAAGCUUCAUUGUCAGCAAAGCACCCACCUUUGGCAUGUAUUUAUUUGUUUGUUAGUUGAUACAAGUUUGUAUAUAAUCUUGGCGGCAUUUCUUUCUUUUUAUUCAAAGCUUUAAUGGCUUUUUGCGACAUAUGGGUUCAUAUUUUAGAUCAAGGCUUAAAUUCUGGAUUAGUGUCUUGUGAAGCACUUCUUCCUUUGUCUUAUCAGCUGGGGCAUUCCCUUUUUGCAGAAUCAAAAAGCAUUAAAUUUUAUAUGUUGAUGGAAUAUAUAUAAACUGUAGUAUUUAAGAAAAGAGAAAUUUUGAUAUGUUUUGAAAAGAAGGGGAAAAAAAAAACAUUUUUUGGCCGUCAAUAUUUGAAAAGGCAAUGGAAUUAGAAAAGAGAAAUGUGCUUGUGGGAGUUAGAUUUGACGGCCAUAUCAGAGAAUUGUUGAAUUGGGCUAUUGUAAAAGUUGCAGAACCUGGAGAUAGAGUUAUUGCUCUACAUGUUUGUCGAAAUGAAGAUUCAAUUGCAAAAGAUAAAUCCUCGCUGGAUACUUAUCUUGAUGAUUACGAUGGCUUGUGUAAUAAAAAGCAGGUGGAUAUCAUUUCUCUGGUGUCAAAAGGAAGUUCUAUUAGAAGAGUUUUAGUAAGGGAAGCGAAAAAACAUGCUGCAUUAGCUGUAGUAGUAGGAACUAGCAAGCAUAGUACUCUUGGGAGCUGGACCUCAAUUGCUAAAUAUUGUGCGAAGCGGCUGCCUAACACUACUGAGGUUAUGGCCAUUGACAAUGGGAAAGUUUUCUUUAGAAGAAGCUCAAGUUCCCAACUCAAAGGUUCUUUUGGUGAUCCAAAACCAAGUCUUUUUCUAGAAAGAAAUUCCACUUUAAGGGAUUGCCAAUCUGAAUCUGGUGAAUCCAAGACAUCGGAGAUGGGAAGGUUCAGUUGUGAAGUGACUAGGACUUUAGAGAGAUGGUCGAAUGGUGCGGAGACCAAAAAGGAACGUACUACAAAUCCUUCAGGAAAACACAAGAAAGGUUCUCUUUCACUAGGUUCAUUUUCUCUUCCUACCGAAGAUUUUGCUACUGAUACUCCUGGUUGGCCCCUUUUACAAACUGCAAGUUCAUUGAAUCAACCGGCUAAAGUAGGAAGAAAUAUGUCGGUAGUGCAGUGGGUGAUGACCUUGCCAAAUCGAUCUAUGCUAGAUAGUCCUAAAUCCGAUUCUUCUCCAAAGGAAAACCGAAAUGUCUUUGCAAUGGAAAAUAGCUACUCCAUCAUGGAUUGUAAUGAAAAGGAAAGUUCAUCAGUUUGUAACCAGCUGAUCAAAGAUUUGCAGCUUAUUCUUGAGGCAAAUUCAUCCGGAUGCAAAUGGUUUAGCUAUGAUGUUUUAAAAUCAUCUACUUCCAACUUCUCCUCAGAGAGCUUGAUUGGGAAAGGAGGGGGCAACAGUGUAUACAAAGCUUUGCUUUCUGAUGGAAAAUCGGUGGCGGUGAAGGUUUCAAAUUCAUCAGAGGAAGCAAAGAAAGAUUUCAGGCAGGAAAUGGAAAUUAUGAUCAGAGUGAAGCACAAGAAUAUCGCUCAUCUACUUGGAAUUUGCAUAGAGGAUUCCGAUCUGAUAUCUGUUUAUGAUUUUCUUUCAAAAGGGAAUUUAGAAGAAAAUAUACAUGGAAGAACUAAAUCAGUAUUGCGAUGGGAAAGAAGAUUCAGAAUAGCCAUUGGGAUCGCAGAAGCCUUAAAUUAUCUGCACAAUGAAUGUCCACUGCCUGUUAUUCACAGAGAUGUCAAGUCAUCAAAUAUCCUACUCAGUGAUGAUUUUGAACCACAGCUAUCGGAUUUUGGAUUGGCGAUAUGGGGACCCACAAAUGCGUCGUACCUGACUCAUAGUGAUGUGGUAGGAACCUUUGGAUAUCUAGCACCAGAGUAUUUUAUGUAUGGGAAAGUAAGUGAUAAGAUUGAUGUCUACUCCUUUGGUGUGGUUCUGCUGGAACUAUUAUCAGGGAGAAAAGCUAUUGGCUUUGAGACUCCCAGUGGUCAAGAAAGCUUAGUCAUGUGGGCGAAACCUAAGUUAGAAAGCGGGGAUUUGAAAUCCAUUCUGGAUGAGAACCUGAAUGUAAAUAUUGAAGAUGAUCAAGUCCAAAGAAUGAUUCUUGCAGCAAGACUCUGUCUUACACAGGCAGCACGGCUACGUCCAAACACAAGCCAGAUCCUGAAGAUGUUGAAGGGGGAGAAAGGCGGGAAUGAAGAAGCUAAUGGUGAAAAUAAUAAUUCAGAAGAAUAUAAUGAUGAUGAAGUGUAUCCAGAUUCAAGUGCAGAGUCCCAUUUAAGUCUUGCAUUUCUUGAUGUGAAUUAUGAUAAUUCCACAUCCUUCAGUAGUAGUCAGGACCAAAGCAGCCCUCUCUCUUCUGUAGAUGAAUACUUGAGAAAAAGAUGGAGCAGAUCUUCAAGCUCUGAAUAUUAGCUUAUGAUUUAAAAAAGUUUGCAAUCUGCCAUUGUACAGUUUUUUCAAAAAAGCACCCUUUUUUGAGGUGAUUAGAUGUAGAAGGAACAGAAAACUUUGUGAUAAUAGCAACAAAGUUUGCCAACCCCACAGAUAUUUUGCAAUUCUGUGGAUCAGAUUUGAAAUUUGAGUGUGAUCAAAUUUCUGUUUGUAAUAAAGUUCUUAAGUAUC